AGUAGAUUAAUCAUUCUGCCUUGAAUGCCUUGCAACGAUAUAACCGCCAUGAGUAGCGUUAGCGUACCGCGGGUCGUUCUCUCCCCCUCCUUUCCCCGCGUGGACCUUUCCGCGUGCCCGCGGAGGUCGCAGGCGGAACUCGCUGCGCGCGGACUGCUGCUUCCACCUAAACCCGGAACCCCGAACCCGGGACCCGACUCAGGAACGCACGCAGCGGCGUCAGGAGGGAACAACAGUCGAGCCGCAAGCACAGGAGAAAACGUUUGUGAUCAAAAGAUCGAGGCGUCUCAAAACAGCCGACCUGCAGCCGUCGGUGCUGACGUGUCUGAGAAAUCUCGAGUUAGAUCGGACGGUGGAGAGUGUCUGCCGGCUGGAGAGGCUGCCGCGGAGACGGUUGUAGCGGAGGGGGAUGGGAAUGGAAACUCCCCGAGUGAUUGUAACGAGGGGGACUAUCGCGAGGUGGAAUGGAGCGUGGAGGUAGCGCGCGUGGUGCGGGUCAGGCGUCUGAGCCGUCGAUUGGUGUUUCUGGACGUCGAGAUCAUGACCGUUGGGGAUUCGAACGUACGCGAUACGACGAACAUGGAGCAGUUACCAUUUCAGCAGCAGCAGCAGCAGCAGCAGCAAGAGGAGCAGCACCUCUACGAGCGAGGCUUAUCGGCUUCUACCGUGAAUGACGUCAGCUCCGCCGUAGUUGACGUCAGCGGCACGCUAGAAGUUGCGCUGAAGCAUCCCACGUGUCCGGACGUGCGCGCCAAUUCCCGCCACGCGCACAUCGGACGGCUCGUGUCGCUCCGCGGGCCCCUGGUGGAUCUGCAACCCGCCAGGGCUUGUAUCAAGGCAUCUCAUAGCGAGGACGCGAAAGUCCCCGCGAGUUUCCGCAUGCCCCUCUUCUUCGCAUCGUCAUUGACCCCGCUCCCCGCUGCCCGCCCCGCACUCGCCGGCAGCACUUAUAUUACCCUUCCUGACAUCUCCUCCCUACCUUCCCCUACCUCCCCUCACCCUCUCUCAGCCGCCCUUCACCUCCCCCCCACACUCGCUACGCUUCCUCCUCUCCCCCCUUCCGCCCCGCCCCUCUUCUCCCUCUCUUCUGUUGCAGGAGCCGGAGGAGAAGCAACAACUUCAGCUGCAGCAGCAGCUGCAACAACAAAAUCUGCACUGCUUGCGGCACCAAGGCAAGAGUUGGAAACAUCACCGACACCAGCAACAGCACCAGCAGCACCAUCACCAUUACCAGCAGCAGCAGCACCCUCCACCACCGUCUCAUCACCCCCCCAGUCCAAGAAGGCCCUUAGAAGAGCCUACCUCUCAGGUGCCAUCUGGAAACCCCAGUCUAUCCAGAAAGAAUUUUCUGCUGCUGACCAUUCCUGGGCUUCCGCUGGUUACUCCUGUUUUAUUGGCCUCCACCCUGACGAGGUAACCGGGGAUAUAGUUUUUGCCGCUGCCCGGGCGAAAAUUCCGUUUGCUGUGGUCCCGUGCUGCGUUUUUCCGGGGCGGUUUUCUGCCCGGAGGGUGGCUGUGGGCGGGCAGAUGAAGAAAGUGGAGACGCAUGGGGAUCUGGUGGAGUAUCUUUCCGCAAUGUGCCGGUAUUUUGGGGGCUGCCCGAAGGUUGACUGGCUGAAUUUCUCUGGGAAAAACAUGGUGUUGUACUGUAUGGAGUACACAUAGAGAGCUUAGCAGAGAUUCCUGAGGAAUGGUACCGUACUGUAGAGGAGCUUCCUGCUUCCUAAUUGCUGCUGCUGGCUGUAGAGCACGUUUUCACAGGAAUGGAGUGCAGUGCAGUGCAGUGAGGCAAUCACGGUACAUUUAGUAGU